GAAUACACUCACUUAUCGAAUUAGUAUUUGCAUGGGUGGGUGGGCUACGAUAUAUAAUGGAAAUCUUUCAUACUUCUGAAAGUUGUCUCUGAUGUGGGAGAAUUGGUAGCAUUCAGACGUGACAGCCAUAAAAGAAAAUGGAAAUAGCUACACCAUCGCCAACUAUGGCAUCGAACAUCAGCACUCUGUCCAUCCUGAAUUUGCUAAUCCAAAUGUACCGACCGGAUAUCACCGACUCCGAGGACAGAGUGAAGUCGGAACCUCUGACCGCAUUACGAGCUCGUUACGAUUACAUAGUAGUCGGUGGUGGGUCAGCUGGCUCGGUUGUUGCUAAUCGUUUAUCGGAAAAUCCUAAAUGGAGUGUGCUUCUACUGGAAGCUGGCCACGAUGAGCUACCUGUAUCCGACGUACCUAUAUUGUGGCCAGACCUUCUAGGCAGAGAAGACGUGCUAUGGAACUAUAAAACCGAGCCGUCCGACAGAUACUGUCUAGGUAUGAACAACCAUCAGUGCAGCUUUCCACGUGGCAAGGUUCUCGGGGGAAGCAGCGUGUCGAACGCGAUGCUGCACGUUCGCGGAAAUAAGAAUGACUUCGACCGCUGGGCAAGCUUAGGUAAUCCGGGUUGGGAUUACGAGAGUGUAUUACCUUACUUUAAAAAGCCGGAGGACAUGAAGAUCGCGAAUCUCGCGGAUUCGCCGUAUCACUCCACCGGAGGCUACCAAACUAUCGACCACUUUAGAUUCCGCACUGCCAUAUCAGAUUAUCUGCUAAAGGCGGGUAUAGAAUUGGGGUACAACCUGACGGAUUAUAAUGGUGAACGACAAACCGGAAGCUCCAUUUCGCAAGGUGCAAUUAGAAAUGGACUGCGUUGCAGUACAGCAAAGGCCUUCAUUCGAUCGGCCUCGAAAAGGCCGAAUCUGCACGUCAGCCUGAAUUCGACUGUGGAGAAGAUCCUGAUACGCAAAGAUGGGGACACGAACAGAGCGUACGCGGUUCAAUUUCGAGUGGGAGAUACCGUUCGUACUGUAUCGGCGCGUUACGAGAUCAUUUUGUCUGCCGGUCCGAUAGGAUCGCCGCAGUUGUUGAUGCUGUCUGGUAUCGGUCCCAGGAAGCACCUAGAAGAAUUGAAUGUCCCCGUGGUACACGAUUCACCGGGCGUGGGUGAAAAUCUUCAGGACCACGUAUCGAUCGGCGGUUUGUUCUACUUAGUAGAUCCACCAAAGGAUUACAGGGGCACCUGGCCCUUUUCUUCCAUUGAAGAAAAAGGACCUAUCUCUGACACAAUGGUCGUUGACUUUGUUUUCCGCGACAACGGCCCCCUGUAUACGCAAAUGAUGUCCGAAAAUAUAAUGUUUGUCAAUACCAAGUAUGCAAACAAAUCGAUAGACUGGCCAGACAUAGAGUUUAUGGUAUCAACUCUGCCCGACAAUGCGUAUGGUGGCCAAAAUCUGAAAGUGGGUGUCAAUCUGAGAGACGAUUUCUACAAUGAUCUUACCAAAAAUGUUCAGGAAAAACCGGCGUACGCGAUUCUUCCGCUCCUGUUGAGACCAAAAAGCAGAGGAUACAUUAGGUUACGCUCGAACGAUCAACGCGUGCAUCCCAUCAUCGUUCCCAACUACUACAGUGAUCCGCAGGAUCUCGAUGUCAUCGCUCAAGCAGCGCAGAUCAUUCGUCAAUUUAGCAAGAGCCCAACAAUGAGGAAACUGAACGCUCGACCGAAUCCAAACCACAUCUCGGCAUGCGCUUCGCACCUGUUCCUAUCAGACGAUUAUUUUAAGUGUCUCGCCCAACAGUACUCGAUGACGAUCUACCACUUGUGCGGGACGUGCAAGAUGGGUCCGGCGAGCGACCCAAUGGCUGUCGUGGACGACAGACUGAGGGUGAGAGGAGUUGAACGAUUACGAGUCAUCGACGCGUCGAUUAUGCCGCUUAUCACUUCCGGAAACACGAACUCGCCGACUGUCAUGAUAGCUGAGAAGGGUUCGGACAUGAUUAAAGAAGAUCGCGAAGGGAAAAGGUAGACAACAGUCAUUCAUUUUUCAGCGAAAUCGAAUCGGAAGGUCAUUCUACAAGAAUGUAUUAUUGUACUGAAUUUAAUGUGUCAUUUGUAAUUAUAAGUGAUUUUAUAUUGUUCGUACAUAUAAAUAAACGUAAUAACAUUUUGACACCGAUUACUGUUGAAUUGUAAAAUAGGGAUAACCACGAGAAAAGCAAGAGAAACAUGUGGUCGCGUGAGUGUUGAGAUGACGCUCGCGAUGAUUAUUAGGAUAAUAUCUAUAGUCGCAAGAGUGAUGGUUCCUUUGAACUUGUUUGCAUCACUGCGCAUUACAUAAUCGUAAAAAAACUGAUGAAUGAUUGAGAAGUUAGAUGUCAGAUCAGACCCACAAGAUAUAGAAAAACGCAACAGCAUUCUCCUGAAACGUUCGAUGCACGUUGCGGCAGUCGUCAUCGUCGUCGAUGAUACACGCGAGUUUAACGUUUCUGCAGCUUCACUGAAAAUUCUUUAUGGUGCAUCGAAAUGAAAAUUGACAUUAACACGGGGGUCACCGGUGACCCCAACCAAAUCGAAUUACAGUUCACUAGCUCAAAAGAUGAUUAUUUGGCAGUACUUCCAUAUUAUAAUGUUACCUAAGUCAAUGGGAAUUUUGCGACAGCCUCUUUAUCUCAAUGUCCAUCAAACGAUAUUAACACGGUGAAUACCAUGGGGGUCACCGGUGACCCCAGCCAAAUCGAAUUACAGUUCAAUCGCUUGAAAGAUGAUUAUUUGGCAAUACUUCCAUAUUAUAAUGUUACCUAAGUCAAUGGAAAUUUCGCGACAGCCUCUUUAUCUCAAUGUCCAUCAAACCGAAAGUGUUUAAUCACGUUACGCGGAAGUGCGAUCAUUUCUGUUCACGUUAUACAAUGAGUCAGCUGUUUCGCAUUUCGCUUAACGUAUGCAAAUACUACUGUUAACAAUGUAUCGCAUUUUAAACACAAACGAAUCGUUAUCUCCGUAGUUCAGCCGAUUUAGACCCAUCGCAAACGAACGGUGCGCAAAAGGAACGUCACAGCGACGAUUGUGUUGGAGUUACAAACGAACAAAGUUCUUCUAUCUCGAGCGAAAGAGGAUGAGAGAACCUUUCGUCUCUGUCGUUCCAAAGCAAUCAUCGCUUAGAAAUUUUCCCGCCAAUCGCUUGUUCACAUUUGGAUUAAAUAUGAAUUACAAGGUUAUCGAGUAGGAGCCUACUUUUAUACUUUUAUCAAUCAUUUAUUAUUGUAUGUAUCGUUACGUGUAUUAUUACGUAUAUGUAUUAAGAUAUAUUUAUUCGCUUAAUUAAUUAUUCUACGGCACUCGUGGAGUGCACACUUCUUCAUAUUUAGUAGCAUUAUUGAUGAUAUAUUUGAAUGCACGGAAUGGACAAAAUAUGAUAUUAAAUGAUUUGAUUGAAUCCCGUUAUUUUUGUUG